AUGGCCGACAACGACGUCCCAGCAACGCAACCUGCGCAUGACACGCCGGGAGACGAAGCGAUACCUGUUAGUGUUCUUGAAGAUGGGUCGCUGGAUCCCGUAUAUGAAGCCAAGGCCAAGGUUCUCAAUAAAGCCAUUCAGGAUAUAGGCAUGGGGAGAUACCAGUGGCAGCUCUUCAUUGUGAUUGGCUUCGGAUGGGCAAUGGAUAAUCUCUGGCCAAUUGUAACUUCGCUCAUCUUCACGCCUGUCAGCAACGAGUUCCGCCCUACCAGGCCCCCUUUGCUGACCCUGUCCCAAAAUAUCGGUCUUUUAUUCGGCGCCGUGUUCUGGGGUUUCGGCUGCGAUGUCUUUGGUAGACGAUGGGCUUUCAAUCUUACCAUUGGAAUCACGGCUGUGUUUGGAAUGGUGGCUGCUGGAAGUCCGAAUUUCGCUGCCAUUGGAACCUUUGCUGCGCUCUGGUCGGUCGGUGUUGGUGGUAAUCUUCCUGUCGAUUCUGCCAUUUUCCUCGAGUUCCUGCCUGGAUCUCAUCAGUACUUGCUGACGAUACUCUCGAUAUAUUGGUCGCUAGCACAGGUUUUUGCUACGCUUGUUGCUUGGCCAUUGCUAGGGAAUCUGACCUGCCAGCAGACAGCAGACGUAUGCACAAAGGAUCAGAACAUGGGAUGGCGAUACUUCAUCCUCACCAUGGGCGGCGUAGCACUGAUCAUGUUUGUUGGCCGGUUUGCGUUGUUCACCAUCUUUGAGUCGCCAAAGUUCCUCAUGGGCAAGGGUCAGGAUUCAGAAGCUGUCCGCAUAGUCCACGAAGUUGCUCGCCGCAAUCGUAAAUCUUGCCCGUUGACCCUAGACGAUCUGGAAACUUGCAAUAGCCUUGCUCAAACAGAUGCUACUCAGCACCAAACCGCCGUCACUACCACCAAGGCAGCACUGAAGCGAAACCUCGAGAAGCUAGACAGCUCUCACGUCAAAGCCCUCUUCGCCACAAAGAAGCUCGCCUUCUCUACCAGUACCAUUACUAUAGUCUGGGCAUUCAUCGGCCUCGGGUACCCUCUUUACAACGCCUUCCUACCCUACAUCCAAGCCACGCGAGGCGCAGAUUUCGGCGACGGCUCCACAUACAUCACUUACCGCAACAGCCUGAUAAUCGCCGUUCUGGGCGUCCCCGGCUGCAUACUCGGUGGCAUUCUAGUCGAAACGCCUCUUAUCGGGCGCAAAGGCACACUGGCCGCGUCCACGGUCCUCACAGGCGUCUUCCUGCUUUGCUCCACCACGGCUCUCACUUCUGACGCGCUGCUCGGCUGGAACUGCGCCUACAAUUUCAUGAGCAACAUCAUGUACGCCGUGCUGUAUGCGUAUACACCUGAAAUCUUCCCGACCAAAGAUCGCGGGACGGGCAAUGCCAUUACCGCGAGUGCGAACCGUGUUUUCGGUAUCAUGGCGCCGAUUGUGGCCAUGUUUGCGAAUCUCGAGACGAGCGCACCCGUCUAUGUGUCUGGCGUGCUGUUUAUCGCUGCGGGGCUGUUGGUUCUGGUUUUGCCGUUUGAGAGCCGGGGGAAGGCGAGUAUGUAG